AUGAACUUCGAUAAUAAAUAUGCCUGGCAAAAUAUGACUCAAGCGCUGCCGCUUGAGUUGGGCCUUCAAGUCUCUGGGACCGCACUAGGUUAUGUCUUCGCGACUUUGGUGACUCCUAUCGGCCUUGUGUGGACAACACAAAGUCAUCUCUGGUCAAUCAUUGGCAUUCAAAUCCUCAGAACAACCUUUGUUAUGCUUGCGAGUGGCCGCGACUCGAAUCAUGUGGUAUAUAAAACUGCCCCCAAAGAUCCGAAUUGGAUAUUUGCUGGCCCGGAGUACCACGCCCUCCAUCAUGUUUACCCUGAUCGCUACAUGGGUUCAUUUAUCAAACUAUUCGACUGGGUAUGGGGUACUGCUUACUCCGUUCGAGGGAAACGAUUCGUGAUUACGGGCGGAGGCGGAGCUUUGGGUCAAGCUAUUGUUGCAGAGCUUGAACAAGAAGGAGUACAGAACAUUCGCAGCUUGGAGUUCGGCGUCGAUUGGGAUCAUCAGCACUUCGCAAAGGCUAUCGCAGCGCUUUCUGCGUGUGACGUCCUCAUCUUAGCCCACGGUACCCAAGGCCAAGAUGCAGUGGAAUCGAAUUGCAAUUCAGCAGUCCAACUGGUGCGGCUAUUCAAACAGAACAGAUCUUUCAACCAAACCAGUCCCACGCUUCCGGAAGUGUGGUACAUUGGUAGCGAAAUCGAACUUCAUCCAUCUUUUGGAAAAGAACAGUUACAACGUUACUCCCAAUCCAAACGGCGCUUUCUCCCACAUGCUCGCUCUUUCUUUGACGAUCCUGAUAUUAUUUAUCGCCAUAUUGUCCCAUCAGUUUUUCAGUCACCCCUGGGGCUUGUUCCAGCAAGCUUGGUAGCUAGUUAUACGAUGUGCUGGAUCCGGAGAGGUGCCCGGUACAUCCCUGUUACAUAUACGGGAGUUGCAUAUCUGAACUAUUUCAAGUUGAUGUAUUGGGUUCCUCGCGCGCAGGACACCGAUCAAAUGUGA